AUGGGGAAAAUUUCAAGCUGUGGAAAGAGAAUGUGGAAAUUGUCCGGCCGCAUGGAUCUCGACAAUGCGCUAAGGACUGAGAAACCCACUUCCACUCAGGAAAAUCCAAACACGGAUAAAAUUGAGAAGUGGGAACGCUCAAAUCGCAUGUUUCUGAUGAUCAUGAAACGUUGCGUUCCGGAGGCGUUUAGGGGUUCGAUCGUUGAGACUACUGAUGCCAAGUUGUUUCUGAAGGAACUCGAGCAAUACUUUGCUCGAAAUGAAAAGGCUGAAAUUGGUCAAACCUUGUCCAAACUCAUAAACAUGAGGUAUAAAGGAAAAGGAAACAUAAGGGAGUACAUUAUGGAAAUGUCUAAUCUUGCUGGAAAACUAAAGGCAUUAAAGUUAGAGCUACCCUCUGAGUUGCUCAUGUACUUAGUUAUUAUAUUUCUUCCUGCAUAA